AUGCCUUCUCUCAUUGCACUCGCCGAGCAGCAAGCCUCUCGCUACAGCAGGCCCUCCGACACCCAGGCCGCCGCCGAUGCCAUCCCCGUGCUGGUCGACGACACCUACCACCUCUUCCACCUAGCCACCCCUCACAACACCAUCCACCACCCUCCCCGGCUCCGCUCCUCAUGGCACCACCUCCGCUCCAAGGACCUGCUGCAUUGGGCCCGUGACGACGCCCCGGCCCUCCGCCCCGGCAAGACGCCUGAUGCCCCCGACGCCGACGGCGCCUGGACCGGCUCCGCCGUCCAGGCGCCCGACGGCAACAUGCACAUCUUCUACACCGGCUACAACCUCUCCGCCGGCGGCAAGCAGGUCAUCCUCCACGCCACCUCCCCGGACAAGCACGGCUCCGCCUUCGCCCAGCCCCUCGCCCCCAUCACCAUCGCCUCGCCCCCCGCGCACGAGGGCCGCCCUCUGUUCGAAGACAUCGACUUCCGGGACCCGUACGUCUUCUUCAACCCCGCCGAGAACCGCUACUGGAUGCUCGUCGCCACCCGCCUCGCCGCCGGGCCCUACUGGACGCGCGGCUGCAUCGCCCUCCUCACGUCCGCGGACCCCUCGCUCGACCACUGGACCGCCGAGCCCCAGCCCCUCUACGCCCCCAACGACCUCUUCUGCCCUGAAUGUCCGGAGCUCUUCUCCCUGCCCAACGGCAACUGGUACCUGGUCUACUCGCGCUUCUCGUCGCCCAACGCCGGCACCGUGUACAAGGUCGGCCCGUCUCCCCGCGGUCCGUUCCGGACGCCCCGGGCCGCCUCGGGCGGCAGGCUCGACGCCCGGCGCUGGUACGCCGCCAAGUCGUGUCCCAAGGCCGGCGAUCCGUCCAAGCGCAUCUACUUCGGCUGGGUCGCCGAUCGCUACCACGGCGACGGCAAGUGGCUGUGGGGGGGCGACAUGGGCACGCCCCGGGAGGUGUCCGCCAACGACGACGGCACCCUCAGGCUCGAGCCGAGCCGCGAGGCUCUCGAAGCCGCCUUCGAGAAGGCUGCCGCGCUGGACGCCGGCGACGCCGGCGGGUUGCCGCCGGUGCUGGAACUCGCCUCUGAGGGCCAAAUGUCGGCACACUUCCUGCCGGUCCGCCACGGAACCGACCCGAUCGACUAUCUUUUCCAGUUCAACAUCUCCGCCCACGACGCCGCCUCCUUUGGACUUCUGCUUCGGGCCGACGAGGACAUGAAGGGGCACCGUUUGCGUUUUGACCCGACGGCGCCAGAUCGGUUCGACGUCGUUUUGCUGUCCGACGAUCCACCCCUUGAUGACUUCUGGGCCGACCAGUACAAGCAGUACCUCCCCAGAGAAGUCGACGGUCCUGAGAUCGCUCGCCACAACAACAUCAAGAUCGACGGAUCCGUCGUUGUCGCUGUACAAGCCAACGUCCUGGAAGUGUUUGUCGGCGGCAGGUCGAUAAGCUAUCGCCUCCCGAAGCGCUCUCCGUCCGAAACUGGUGAACUGCAUGCAAAGUCGAACGAUGAAACAAAUGGUACAUUAGAGAGUGCGAGACAAGAAACUAAAGAGCUGGGUAUCUUUGUAGAAGAUGGUGCCAUAAAGUUGACAUGUGUUUCCUUGCGCCUUUUGGAACGUUCGUAA